AUGAUAGAGACUGCAACCUCAAUAUUACAAAGCAGUCAGGCAAACACAACAAAAAGAGAAAAUGAUAGUGACUCAACUUCCACUAAUGAUAACGCCAGAUACAACUUAAGCUCCAUGGAAGAGAAUCGGAAACUGGGGGAUUAUAAUCCAUCAUCAAUAGUACCAAAAGAAGGGGCGGAUGGUUCUGACAAGAAAAGCCCCAACUCAUCAAAUGAGUUGAGAAGCCAACAACGGCAACAACUGGAAUCACAAUUUGUCCAGGACCCUCAAACGCAACAACAACAACAACAACAGCAGCAGCAACAGCAGCAGCAACAACUUCCGUCUCCAACAUCUUCUCACCAUAGUCAUAAUAGCAACUCUAACAAAGGGAAUCUGCUACAGGACCAGAAUGAGGAACAACACUCGUCUUCGGAAUCCUACAACAAAUCGGAUCUAAUGUUCACAAAAAAGGACUUGAGCAAGUCUCGUACUCAAUCAUACCAAUCGGUUUUGUCACUUGCAUCUUUAAAAUCCCUCAAGCAACAUCAAAUACAACCAAUGACUGCUGUCAAUGGUACUGGGAACCAGCCACCAGGAUUGAAUGGACCAACAUUGCAUAGAAAUAAUAGCACAAAGGGGAAUGGCAGCACUCAGCUUACGAGAUCUAAUUCAGCAAUGAAUACCGCAAAGAAUUUUCAAUCAUAUAUCCAAGCCCCUGUGUUGUCAAGUUUAUCGACUCAAAAACUGAAUGAAGAUUUGCAAAUUGGUCAGCAAUUACCAUUUCACGAUAAACCAAUAGGCAACAAAUCGAGACGUACAACCAACAAUAGCUCAAGCAACGAUGGUGACAACGAGGAUGCAGAUGAUGCUAAUGAUGAAGAAAUUUUGUCACAACAAAGAAACUUGACCUUGAAUGCGUUGAAAAAAUUGAGUUUGUCUCCUAGGCCCAUUACGAAUCCUGAUGAUAUAGUCAUUCCUAAAGCUGUGGAGAGCGAUAGCAAGUUGAGAUCGAAAGGACAGGAACCUUACCAACCGGCAGAAGUUGAUUUGUCAUCAUUUGCUAGUCUAACAAGACAACCCAAAGUGACGCCCAAAGCUGCAUCGCCAUCGCCUUCAUCUUCGACAAUUCAUUCAGAAAAGUCGUCUCAUUCACAAAUUUGUGCAAAGCCGUCAUUGGACAGUCUCCCAGAGGGACAAGUGGCAAAUACAGAUACUUCAACAAAGGAGAGCGAUAUCAGUCAGUAUCAUCAUAAUUUGAGACAACAACAAAUGGAUUCUCUCAAGCUACAAACAGAUAAACAUUUACGGAAUACAACUGCUCAUCAAGGAGAUCUACAGCACCAACAACAAGAGCCAUCUAAACUGAUACUGUCGCAACAAUAUGUGAACGGGACACAACUUCCUCAAGCAACACCAAGAGUCCCCGCCGCGGUGAUCCCACCACAAGACAUUAAUACCCGAAGAAAGCCCCUGAACUCAUCGGCACCACAAAAUCUUGCUACUAAUAACUUGCACGUGCAAUGCCAUUUACAGCAACCUCAGCCCAAUUCCCAUCACAAGAAUGCAAAUGCAAGAUCCACAAGACAGUUGCAACAAAUCAAAGGGUUGAGAACGCCGAUGUACAUACCGGCUGUUUUGAGAAUGACUCAAAAUGGUGGCUAUGACUACCAUAACCGCUCAACAUCAAACUCACCAGAAAUGGGCUCAACUCCACCAACUGCUCAAAGUCCAGAAAACAACUAUGAAACCCAUUUGCAAGCGUUUGGGCAAAAAAGUUUAAAUUCGUCAACUGCAUCAAUUAAAUCAACUGACUCCUCAAGAUCCAUUGAAUCGAGUAGCUCCCCAAAAUUUGGCUCAUUAAAUAGAUUUUUAAGUGCCGGGAAUUUGGGAAGGUCGUUUGAUUACAUGUCCAAUGCACCUCCAACAAGGAGGCAUUGGGUGAAGGAUGAAGCGGUAACUGCUUGUGGUAUACCUUCCUGCAAUAAGACAUUCAACUUUUUUGAGAGGCGGCACCAUUGCCGAAAAUGUGGUGGUAUAUUUUGCAAGGAGCACACAUCGCAUUCCUUAUAUAUUAAUAGAAUGGCACAAUUCACCACAGGAGGAAGAGGAACAUUAUCAAAAGUGUGCGAUAAUUGCAUACAAGAGUAUAACGAGUUUAUACAGCGAGAGUUUGGAGUGAACAUAACCAGUACAAAACUGCCUUCCCCAAUGGAUUUGAACCGUCAUGUUGAGAACAACGUCAUAAAUAACUUGUCUCAUCCAUCCAAGCAUGAGCAGAUACGGCAGCUGUAUAAGGACCUUGAUAGAAAUGCCCUAAGACAGAAUCAAAUUGAUAUGAGGGGAGACACUGUUGGUGGUGGUAGUGGCGAUUCAAAUUCGAGGGCAGCUGACCAGUUAGUUGGAAGUGUUCCUGCAAACUGGACGUGGAGCUCCUUUUGA